ACAUAUUCAAUUUCAAAAAGUCUUUGGCAAUUUGAUAAUCUGACGUUAAAGCAUUUUAUAUUUACAUGUUUCAACAAUAAGACAUACCAAAAUGGGAUUCGGCGGGUAACAACUUCGUUUAAAAUGUCGUGAAUAAAUUCUAGUUUUUGUAAAUAAAAUGGAAUAUAAAAUAAAAUCAUGUGAAAUUAAACUUUACUUUUGUAUUUGGAUUUCCGCUAAUCUAUUCUCCUUAUAUAAAUUAAUAGAAGCACAAAAUGAUAUUUUAAAACAUAACAGUGAAUAUCACAAAUUAAGUGACUUACAACCAGGUUGGAGUAUUACCUCCAAAUUAAAAGAUGUUUCAGAUAUUGAAUGGAGCACUUGGAAAUACUUUAUUAUAAGUUCUUGGCAGUACUUAUUGAUUCAGUUCAUUAUUUCGGAAUUAAUACGUUAUUCAUGUGUAUCAAUUCUCAAGUACUGGUAUAUUUUAUCCAGCCUCACUUUUAUAUCAUUCUACAUGGGCUUAAGACAAGUGAUUAUUAUAGUAAUUCAACCUGUGAUAUAUUAUUUAAUUUUAUUGUGUGGUGGUAAAAAAUUAAGCAUUUGGUUUACAAGUAUUUUAUUACUCUUAAGCUAUAAUUCAUUGAAAUACAAAUAUUACUUUUGGAAUUUUCUGGACCAUGAAAAUUUACAAGAUGAAGAAGUUUAUCUUCUUUUAUUCAGCGUGGCUUGGAUUGAGCUACGAUGUAUAACCUUUUGUUUAGAUUAUUUAGAAAGAAAAACAAAUAAGAUUCACAUCUGGCAAGAUUUAGUAAAUCUUUUUAGUUACAUAUUGUACUUGCCGUUGUUAUAUACCGGGCCGAUCAUUCUCUAUGAUGAUUUUGAAAAAAGUUUUAAUUCAAAAAUGAAAUUACUGACACGGCUGAAAAGGUUCGCCAUGGAUAUGUUGCUUUUCCAAUUCUAUACAUUUGUAUUAGAUCUGAUGUUCCAUUACAUAUAUUUCUUUGCUAUGCAGGACAAUAUGGAGCUCAUUAAAAAAUUACCCACAAUAGCCCUCUGCGGUGGUGGACUCUGGAUGGGUUUGGAAUUUCACAUAAAGUAUGUUAUAUCAUAUGGUACUACUGCAGCUUAUGCCAGGUUGGACAAUAUGGAGCCUCCCCCAAAUCCUAGAUGUAUAGCAAGAAUCCAUGUGUACUCACAGAUGUGGCGGCAUUUUGAUGUCGGAUUAUAUAGAUUUUUAGUAAAGUACAUUUACAAACCUGGUUAUGACUCGCUAAUCAAAUAUUGCAAAUUAUCCAAAACGGCCUGCAAGUUACUUGCUUCUCUAGCCACAUUCCUCUUUGUGUUUGUUUGGCAUGGGACCGUAUGGCAUAUACUGGUAUGGUCGGUACUGAACUACUCGGGGAUCACCCUAGAACACUUUGGAAAGGCUAUAUCAAAACAUGAGAUAUAUCAACAAUUUAGAGUUAAUUUUCUAAAAACAGAGGCUAUGGAAACCCGUUUUAUUGCACUAUUAUGUUCACCAUUACUAGCACUUUCAGCCGUUUCAAAUUUUUAUUUAUUUGCUGGUAGUGAAGUUGGUAAUUUAUUUUUUGAAUGUUUUUCCCAACCUACUCUGUUAAACUUCCUUAUAUUAAGUGUUUCCUUGUACAGUUGUUGUCAAGUAUCUAUGUAUCUAGAAAAUGUUCCUGCCAGAGGCACUGUUUAAGACUGGUUGUUAACAUUGGCGUGAUAUAUACAUUUAAGAAUAA